UUCCCUCUCAGGCACACGCCCUAUGACAACGGGAAAAAACCGUUUGCUUCAGUAGAAGUUAAAUCACGGAAAAGAUAUCUGUUUCUGGUUAAUCUAGCGCAAGGCUGGUAAGAAGGAAGAAGAGCAGCUGAAACAGUUUCUAUCUUCUUUUGUGUUCCUUGUGUUGUAGAGAUAUGGAGUCAGCCAUAAAGACAGUGGUGACCACAUUUUUUAGUUCUUCAAAAGGGAAGGAUAACCUGGAUAAAAAUUCCUUUAAGAAGCUGGUACAGAAACAGUUCAGUGGCAUGAUGGAGGAUACAAACGACAGCAGUGCCAUUAAAGAGAUGCAGGAGGGACUGGAUGAGAACAGCGAUGGAAAGGUCAGCUUCCAGGAAUACCUCACUCUGAUUGGCUACCUGGCCAACAGCCUCAGUCAGCGCCAGUGUGAAUCCAAUGCAAAAACAUCAUAGGAUGAGCAGUAAUAAUCAGCCUUUUUUAAAAAAAAAAUUUAACAUAAUCCCCCUUUUCCAAUGUUUAAAUAGUCUGGUCAAAUAUGUAAACUUUUCUUUUUCACUGCAGUUCAUAAUGAUUGAAUGUAAUGUUAUGAAGCCCUGAACUAACUGAUCUCCACUACCAAGAGAAAAAAAAAUACUCAGUUGCUCUUUUUUAUAUAGAAAUUACAGAAAACAUGUUUUAUUCCAAAUAAAACUUUGUAUUAAAACUA